GUAACUGCGCCGCCGCGUACGGCGCACGCUGUCCGCGGCCCGCCGUUCGGCGCGUGCAUCCCCCCCUCAAUUUCCACCUGGGCGCGAGCUCUCCGCGCACGCGCGCCUUCCCUUCGCCGCGGUCGCUCCUCGCAGAUGCGACCCUGAGAUUCGAAGGGUUCACCACGAGGGCCUCCCAUGCGCGCGCACCAUUCCAGCCUCAUCCGCACGAGCUACGCAGCAGCCUAUGCUUCUCACAAGCCGUGCGGCGCGCUCCACACGGCGCCUGCGCCAGAUCACAGGCAGCUCGGCGGCGCGCCGCUCGGGGUCGGGGCGCGCAGCGCGGGCGGGGAGCGCGUUGGGUGGAUGCUCGGCGCGGGCCUCCGGCCUGACGCGCCCGCGCUCGCGGCGGCGGUCAGGUCGGCCUCGGCGCUCCCUAACGGCGGCGGCGGGGGCGCCCUCGGGAGAUGCCUCCACGGGUUCGCAGUGAAGGCCGGGCGUGUGGCAGGGAGCGCCGCGGUGGCGAAGGCGGUCAUGGACAUGUACGGUCGGUCCGGGGCCCUCUCGGACGCCCGCCUGGUGUUCGACGAAAUCUCGCGCCCCGACGCGGUGUGCUGGAACAUCCUCAUCACCGCGUCCUCGCGUGCUGGGCUCUUCGACGACACGCUUGGGUUGUUCCGGUUGAUGCUUGCGAGUGGCGCGGGUGAGAGCAUGCCGACCGCGGUGACCGUGGCAGUAAUCGUUCCGGUAUGCGUGAAGUUGAGGCAUUUGCUGGCUGGCAGGAGCAUCCACGGCUAUGUCAUCAAGACUGGGCUGGAAUCAGAUACACUGUGUGGAAAUGCAUUGGUUUCGAUGUAUGCAAAAUGUGGUGGCAGCAGAGCAAUGGGUGAUGUACAUAGAGCAUUUUCUUCGAUUCCUUGUAAGGAUAUUAUUUCAUGGAAUUCAAUCAUCGCAGGGCACAUCGAGAGUGGGUUGUUUGAAGAAGCACUUGCACUGUUUGGUCAGAUGAUCUCACGAGAAUUCACUCCAAAUUAUUCAACAGUAGCAAACAUUCUUCCUGUAUGUUCAUUCACAGAGUACGGGAGGUACUAUGGGAAAGAAGUGCAUGGUUUUGUUGUUCGGCAUGGUUUGGAAAUGGAUAUAUCUGUUUGUAAUGCACUGAUGACUCAUUAUUCCAAAGUGUUUGAAAUGAAGGUUGUGGAGUUAAUAUUUACAAGUAUGGAUGUGAGGGAUAUUGUUACAUGGAACACCAUUAUUGCAGGAUAUGUGAUGAAUGGGUACCACUGCAGGGCAUUAGACCUGUUUCAGGGGCUUCUGUCUGCAGGAAUUGCUCCAGAUUCUGUUUCUUUUAUCACUCUGCUCACUGCUUGUGCUCAAGUAGGUGAUGUCAAAGCAGGGAUGAGGGUUCACGGUUACAUCUUUCGAAGGCCAGUACUUCUUCAAGAAACAUCCUUAAUGAAUGCUCUUGUCACUUUUUAUAGCCAGUGCGACAGGUUUGAUGAUUCUUUCCGUGCUUUCACUGAUAUUCUUAACAAAGACGCAAUAUCAUGGAAUGCAAUUCUUUCUGCUUGUGCUAACAGCGAACAACAUAUCGAGGAGUUCUUUACACUGUUGAGUGAAAUGUGCCGUGAGCUAAAUCAGUGGGAUUUGAUCACAGUCUUGAAUGUUAUACGCGUGAGUACCUUCUGUGGUAUUAAGAUGGUUCGUGAAGCUCAUGGAUAUUCCUUGCGAGUCGGUUAUACAGGUGAAACUUCAGUUGCAAAUGCUAUUCUGGAUGCUUAUGCGAAGUGUGGCUACCCACAAGUCGCAAGCAUACUUUUCAGAGACCUUUCAGUGCGGAACAUUGUAACGGACAAUACAAUGAUUUCCUGCUACCUGAAAAAUAACUGUGUAGAGGAUGCUGAGGUGAUCUUCAACCAUAUGGCUGAGAAAGAUCUGACUUCGUGGAAUCUGAUGAUCCAGUUGUAUGCACAGAAUGAUAUGAAUGAUCAAGCUUUCAGUCUGUUUUAUCACUUGCAAUCUGAAGGACUAAAACCUGAUAUUGUCAGCAUUACAAGUAUUCUUGAGGCUUGCAUCCAUUUGUGUUCUGUACAAUUUGUGAGACAAUGCCAUGCUUACAUGCUCAGAGCAUCCCUAGAAGAUAUCCAUCUUGAAGGAGCUCUUCUUGAUGCAUACUCAAAGUGCGGAAGCAUAACCAAUGCAUACAACAUCUUUCAAGUCAGCCCAAAGAAGGACCUUGUCACAUUCACUGCCAUGAUAGGAUGUUAUGCGAUGCAUGGAAUGGCAGAAGAGGCAGUUCAGCUGUUCUCUAAAAUGCUUACACUUAACAUUAAGCCAGACCAUGUAGUUCUGACCGCACUGCUGUCAGCAUGCAGUCAUGCCGGGCUGGUUGAUGCAGGUAUCAAGAUUUUCAAGUCCAUCAGAGAUAUUCACAGAGUUGAACUGACAGCAGAACACUAUGCGUGCAUGGUUGACCUUCUUUCCCGUUGCGGACGUCUCCAAGAUGCAUAUAGGUUCGCCUUGGAUAUGCCCCCACACGCAGUCAAUGCCAAUGCAUGGGGCUCCCUGUUAGGGGCGUGCAAGGUCCACAGGGAGGUUGAAAUUGGCCAACUCGCAGCUGAUCACUUAUUCUCAAUGGAGGCUGGAGACAUUGGGAACUACGUCAUUAUGUCAAACAUCUAUGCUGCUGAUGAGAAAUGGCAUGGUGUCGAGCAUGUCAGGAAACUGAUGAAGUCCAAGGAUAUGAAGAAACCUGCAGGAUGCAGCUGGAUUGAGGUUGAGAAGACCAGACAUUUGUUCAUAGCCAGUGAUAUUAAGCACCAAGAUAGGUCUUAUAUCUACGAUAUGUUAGGAAGUUUGUAUCAACAGAUCAAAGAUACACAGGCACAAAAUAUGACAAUAAUGCAAUCGAUCUGACCACGAUUUGCUGAAAUUACAAGUGGAGUUUUAUUUAUCAAAGAUGUGCUCGGUAGCUUGCCUGACUCUGAUUGCAGGACUUCCACUUCCUGCAUGCAAAUCAAUGAAGACUCUGCAUUUAUCUUGCUGAGGUAUACAGUAGCUUAAGCAUGUAAUUUGGAUGCUUUCUAUGCAUUCUCGUUUGUUUCCUGACUGCCGGUGCAAUUGAUCUGUGGCUGAACCUCAUAUUUUGUAGGCAUUAAUGAUUAUUUCAUUGUUCGUACAGUUGUAGUAACUCUCCUAUUGGCAGAGGUGAGAAUGAGGAUUUACAAUUUGUUUAAGGAGGUUUGGUCGCUCAGAAGGCAAAUAAGUAACUUGUUGUCUUCUGUCAAGGAACAGUAUGCAUCUUCGUGUCCUAACAGAUGGCAAUUGCAUCCCUUGCCAUCUGCAUUCCAGCUCCUUUUGGUUUUCUACAAAUCCAGAGCAGGUUGAUCUUACUUUGUUUUGAGCAUUGACAAGUACCUUGAUGCGAAGGAGCAGACCAUAUACGACAAAUAAGGUUCUAAAAUGGAAUUUCAAGGUAAAAGAGCUCCUUAAAAAAAGAUGUGGGAUGCAAUGAUUGAGAAAGUGAAGAAAGAGAUAUAUCUAUGGGAAGGGAAUGAACAAAGUGAGGAAUCUAAUUUGUUCUCAGCUAUUUAUAAGAUAUUGAUUGAUAGAUGGACAAAAGACAAUAAACCACUCCAUUGUUUGGCUCAUUCUCUUAAUCCAAGAUAUUAUAGCAAAAUUUGGCUUGAUGGAGGUGUUGGUCGUGUACCCCCACACAAGGACAUUGAGGUAUCAAAAAUAAGGAUGGAUUGCUUCAAGAAGUUCUUUCCCAUACAAGAAGAAUUAACAAAAGUGAAACAAGAAUACACAAGAUUCUCAACUUGUUUCGAAGAAUUCAAUGAUCAUGAUUCAAUUCGUAAUAGAUGGCUUUGUGAUCCAAUGACUUGGUGGUCAAAUCAUGGACAAUAUGUUCCUCUAUUACAGAGUUUGGCCAUUAGAUUGAUUAGCCAACCAGCCUCAUCUUGUUGUGAGAGGCAUUGGAGUACUUAUAGCUUCAUCCAUAGUGUCAAAAGAAAUGUUUUAACUCCAGAGCGUGUUGAAGAUUUGGUCCAUGUGCACUCAAAUCUGAGACAUCUCUCUAGAAGAAUAGAUGCAUACAAGAAAGGAGAAUCAAGGAUGUGGGAUGUGGGAGGAGAUUAUUUUGACUCUCUUAGUGGUUUAGGGAUUCUUGAAGUGGCUAACCUUUCCCUUAUUGAACAUGUGUCUUUUGGAGAUGUGGAGGUUGAUAUUCAGAAGAAUGAAGUUGAAGCCAAUGAGGAUGAAGAAGCCUAGUUGGACGGGUGGAGGAUGAACUUGGAGUUGCAGUCUGCCCAGCCUAUUAUCUCCUUCAUGAAUUAUCAUUUCCUAAAUUUGAAACCGUUAUGUUAUUGUGAUGUAAUAGAACUUUAAGUAGAACCUGAACUCUAUGGCUUAUUGUUGUGAUUUGUGAACUGCUAUGUGCUAUGUCAAUCCCAAUAUAUUGUGCUAUGUUGUGAACUCCAA